AUGUUUAAGAACUGGGGAACCUGGUUUGGAAUAGAGAGCGAAAAUGGCCAAGUUAAUCAAGAAGGCGAGUCUAUUGUUGAUGUCCAUGAAGAGAAGAGUCAGGAAAUAAACAAACCCACGGCUGCUGCUGAAAGUGAGCAAAGCGGUGCCGCCGAGAAAGAUGCUGAUCCCCCGCAACUUCUCCAAGCAGCGAGGGGCUUCAGUGGUUACAUCUAUAAUGUCGCCAGCAGGGCCUCAAAGAAACUGUCCGAGUCCGUAGCUGAAACAGCACAAACAUUAAAGAAAAGUGUAGAGGAUGGGAAAGUAAAUGGAAUUAUUGAAAAGACCAUUUUGGGUGAUUUCCAGAAAGAACAAGAAAAGUUUGUUAAGGAGAAAGAAGCUAAAAAGUUUGGUGCUGCUGUGCCACCAUGGGUGGGUUAUAAUGAAGAGGACACCAUACAGCAACAGAUUUUAGCACUUUCAGCUGACAAAAGAAAUUUUUUGCGAGACCCCCCUGCUGGGGUGCAUUUUCACUUUGACUUUGAGCAAAUGUAUCCAAUCGCCAUGGUGAUGCUGGAGGAGGAUGAGCUCCUCAGAAAGAUGCGCUUCCAUUUGGUCCCCAAACAGGUGAAAGAGGAAGUCUUCUGGAAGAAUUACUUCUACCGUGUGUCCUUGAUAAAACAGUCGGCUCAGCUGACGGCUCUAGCAGCACAACAGGCUGCUGAACAGAGGGAUGUGGAGAAAACUGCCCGCAGUCCUGAGGAUCCUCAUCAAAAGGCCGCAGUUAAAGGGAAAACUCCCCCUGCCAUUUGCAAUACCAAACCAAAAUCAAGUGAGGAUGAAGAGGAGAUCUCCACCAGCCCGUCUGUGUCUGAAUUUGUGAGUGAUGCUUUUGACUCAUGCAAGAUAAAUGAGGACGACUUACGCAAAGAAAUGGAACAGCUUGUUCUGGACAAGCGGGAAAAUCCAAGUACACAACAGGAGGAGACCGCGGACUGGGAGAGAGAGUUGCAGGAGGAACUUAAGGAGUACGACGUGUUGGCUGGUAAUGAGAACCACGAUGACAACUGGGACAGAGAGAUUGAAGAUAUGCUAAAGGAGGACAGUUAGAGGACUUAGGCAAGCUCCUCCAACCUUAAAUGUUUGAAUGACAUCUUUAAGGUCAGAAACAGCACCUGAGAGCAGAUUUUAUGCUCCUAGUGGAAUGAUUAACUUCAAUAGUGGUCCUCUAAGAGAUGGAGAAAUACCACUGAAUAUCAUUAACAUUUCACUUCUGUUUUAUGAGUAAAUAUUUAGUAUUGUCUCCUAUCGUUAAAAGAAGAGGGGGUAUUGUCCUGCAUCUCAAAUUUAUAAGGUACGCCUUCACAGUAAAAAGCAAAUUUUCCUCAGGCUCGCCCUCGGGAAUUAAAGCGAGAUCAUGCGUUUUCUGCUGAACGGUGGCCACUGUUCCCACAAAUGGCAAUUACAGGAUAACGGUAAAUGCUACAAAUACUGUUAAGCGAAAGCGUAACAGUAGCACAAGUAGAGAAGAGUAAUAAAGUCAGCAGACUGACUCAGCGAUAUCUGCUGCUCACAAAUAUCCGUGUAAAUAUUUUUUUGUCUUUAACGAUACAUUUUAGGCACAAAUGCCAUUACGAUGAUUUCAAGUUCACCCUAAUUUCAACGUCCAUAUUUUGGAACAUAUGCUGUGUUGGUUUCCAAUAACAUAUGAUAGCCUAUUUUAAUAUCACUUUUUAUAAAUCGUUGACAGUGUAUUUCAGUGUCACACUUGUUAUGCAAUGUGUAUUUUACCUGAAAGAAUUAAUAGAUGACUGAACAAACUGUAUACAGUAUAUUUGUUGUGAUCAAAUGCAUUGACUCCACAUGCACACAUAGAGUGUAGAUGCUGAUAUAAUGUACUCUAGAAACAUGCAAGUCUAAACAAGCUUUGUGUUCUUCCUGUGUACAUCAAAAUUUGUUCAGGAAAGGCUUUUGUAUUUAUACUAAUGCAAGCUGUAGUGUAUUGUUACAUAUUUAUGAACCAUUAACUUUAGUAUUAACUUAAAUGAAAUGUGUACUUCUUAAGUUAAUACAUGUUGUUCUCUUGAGUUUACAUCCGUAAUUUGUUUUUGGACACAAAGCAUACUUUCUGAAACCAAAGCAUAUCUUUGUCUCUCAUGCUGGUUAAGCGUAUUUAUCUUUCUCAAGCUGUAAAAACACUUGGAGAAACAUUUACUCUUUUUUUAUCUCCAAAACUAGGCAGUGCUUUCCUAAUGUGCUGCGAGUCACCUGGGAAGAAUUAAAGGAAACAAGCUGUUUGUGACAGUACGGU